AUGAUCUCGUUAGCCAUUCGCUCCAUUCGUGGGGCCGUCGCUCGCUUCUCUCCAAACCCUCACUCCUACUCGGUUUUGACAAACGCGAACUCCGAGCCAUCGUCGCCUGGCGGAUCGAACACUUCCCCCGCCCAGUCGAAAUCCUUCCUCGCCCGACUGACUGCUCUCCUCUUCUUUUUGCUGCCGUCUUUCGUCCAGCGCCGACUUCGACCCAGCGAUUUCAAGCAUCGACGCUUAUACCCGACAUCAUGGCUUGAUGGCCUGCGUGGUGUCGCCUCCUUGAUCGUCUUCUUCUGUCACUUUACAGAGAAGCACGUGGGUUGGUAUGCCCAGACGUACGGUAUCAGGGAGGAUGACGACCCCGUCGCCUCGUCGCCUUUGCAGUUGCCCUUCAUCCGCGUCAUCUACUGCGGCAGACCCAUGGUCCACAUCUUCUUCGUCAUCUCGGGCUUCGUCCUGUCCCUCAAGUCUCUGAAGCAAGCGAGGAAACACGAUUACGAUGGACUGCAUCGCACUCUCUCCAGCAGCACCUUCCGUCGUGGCUUUCGCCUGUUCCUCCCUACCACCGCCUCAACUUUCAUCAUCAUGAUCUUGAUCCGCCUCGGUUACACAGGUAACGCACUACCCACCUUGUGGGAGCAGCUUGUCAACUGGAAGAAUGCCGUGUGGGACAUCACCUUUAGCUGGAGGUGGGACAUUACCCAGCUGCUGCCUUACGAUGUCCAUCUCUGGACUAUUCCAAUUGAGUUUUCCAACUCGUUGCUGCUCUUUGUUGUCUUGACCGGUCUGAGUCGCAUGAAGACGUACUUGCGCCUGGCAUCGGUUCUGGCCAUCAUGAUCUACUCCCUCAAGUGCGGCCACUGGGCUGCGUUCGAGUUCAUCGGUGGCAUGGGCCUCGCCGAGAUUGGUCUGAUCCAAGACGCCCGCAAUGAGCGUGCUGCGGCCGACACCCAGAACAAGGAGGCGUCAGACAUGGAAGCCUCCGUCACAUCCCGAGUCGCAUCGAAGUCCAUGGGAACACUUGCCUUCAAGGCCUUCCUUCUCGGCAAUCUCGUCUUCGCCCUCUUCGUUGCCGGAUGGCCCAACCACCACGCCGACGUCUCGCCCGGCUUCUCUAGGCUCUGGCACAACACCAUGGAGCCCUUCUUCACCAUGGGCGGCGACCUGGUGUCGUUCCCCUGGUACGCCCUUGGUGCAAUCCAGAUCGUCUUCGCUUUGCAGCAGAUCAAGACUCUGCAGAACCUCUUCGUGACGCCCCUGGCGCAGUAUCUUGCCGACAUUAGCUUUGCGCUUUACCUCGUCCACGGACCCGUCCUUGACGUUUUCUCUCAUCGCUGGAUGCCGGUCGUCUGGACCUUGGUCGGUGGUAAUGGCAGUAUGCUCGGCCGCCUUUUCGCCUGGCUAAUCGGCAUCUUUGCACUCGGAAUCCCUACCAUUAUUUUCAGCGAUAUUUUCUGGCGGGCGAUCGAUGUGAAGAGCGUAGAGUUGGCACGCUGGAUUGAAGGUCUCUGCACGCGAGACGACUAG